GUAGUUACACACAUCUCUGCGUGCCUGGCAGCUUGGAUGUCGGUUCACCACCUGAAGCUCAACCUCAACAAGACGGAGAUGCUCUUUCUCCCGGAGAAGGCCUGCCCGCUCAAAGACCUCUUCAUCACAGUGGACAACUCCAUGGUGUCCCCAUCUCAGACGUCAAAGAACAUUGGCGUGGCCCUGGACAACACCCUGUUGUUCUCUGCAAAACAUCAAAGCAGUGGCUCUCUCCUGUUCAUGUUCUACAACAUCCAUAGAACACCCUUCCUCAUACAGGGAGCAGAGCAGGUCCUAAUCCAGGCACUCAUCUCCAGUCUGGACUACCGCAACUCGCUCUUGGCAGGGCUCCCCCGCUUGUCAUCAAACGCUGCAGCCGGCCUAGUGUUCAACCUUCCCAAGUCCUCCCACAUCACCCCACUCAUCCGCACACUCCACUGGCUUSCAGUCGAAGCUCGCAUCCACUACAAGACCAUGGUGCUUGCCUACGGAGCAGCAAGAGGAGCUGCCCCUCCCUACAUUCAGGCUAUGCUCAAACCCUACACCCCAACCUGAGCACUCCGUUCCGCCACCUCAGGUCCGGGUGGGAAAGCUUGGUCCAAGCUCUUCUCUGUCCUAGCAACCCAAUUGUUGAAUCAGCUUCCCUCUGUAGCUAGGACAGCAGAGUCCCUGCCCAUCUUCCAAAAAUAUCUGAAACUGUCUUCAAAUAGUAUCUUAAAUAAUCACCCAGAGAUGUACUAUACGAUGUACGCCAUGGAGAUCAACGUGGAGAAGGACAGAAAAACAGGGGACACCAGGAUCCUGUCAGCUUCUGCAGUCAGCCCUGACGAAGUACCUGACCACGGGGUCAAGGUUUUCGACGACGGCCGGAAGGUUGUCUACGAGGUCCGCUCGGGGGGGUCCUCCACCCUGGACAAUGGGGUUCACCGCUGGAACUCCCAACAGGUGGAUGAGCUGAUGAAGCGGGUCGGGGCGACCACUGGCUGUGCUCAGGGAGGCAAGGCUAACGUUACCAUCAAACCCGCCGACGCUGAUGACCCCAAAAUCUCCCCCAGGUCCACUGACCACUCCGCUGAUCUCCCUACCAACUACACCCCCUACACUACCCCCCCAGCUGUCCCUAGCUCUGCCACCACGGCCCACAAGAUGCCCCAGGCUCCAAGCACCCCCAUCACCACCCAGCCUCCACCCUACCGGGAGGUGAUAUCUGAGGGUGAGGUGACAGAGGCUCCCCAGGCUACGGCGGAGAAGCCGAUCACGAUGAUCUUCAUGGGCUAUCAUAAUGUAGACGACCAGGAUGAGACCAAGAGGCUGCUGGGAUUCGACGGCACCAUCAAGGCUGAGAUCGUCCUGAUCGAUGAGGACGAUGAGAAGUCGCUACGGGAGAAAACGGUGACAGACGGUUACUCCACCAUGGACGGCAACGCCGCCGACCUGGUGUCCGGCGCCCGGCCGCUCAGCGACACCACCGACCUGUCGUCGGAGGGGAAGGACGAGAGCUCUGCCACGGCCACCAAGGAACUCCCCUCCCCAGCAGGUAUAGAGAAGAAAAAGCUCUGCCACUGCUGUACUAUCAUGUGACCUCAUUACUUUAACUACACUACCCACAACUCUCUGUUACUCUUGGGACUGCAGGGAGGGAGGAGCUCAUUGAUUAAUCAAGGCUCUGAUCUCCCUCCUCCCUUAACCCUCCUCCUCCUCCUAUUCCUCCUCACGGCUACUAACAGAACUUACCCUCUGGCACCUGGAA